UUGCAGGCAAAAAAGAAAGAUGGAGAUGAAGAGGUCGAUGGAGAUGUCGGUAAUAGUGAAGAAGAGAAAAAGAAAGUGGUGAAAGGCCGUGGAAGAAAAAAGGCAACAUCAGAAAGCCAAAGUGCUGGCGAUGCAAACGGCUCAACGAAUGAUGACGGAAAAAGCCAAAUGGCCAAAGUGCUGUUGAAGGGGGCAGCAGCAGUCGAUCCGGAAUGUAGCGAAUUGGUUGGCAUAGCACACGUAUACACGGAAUUCGACGACAUCUAUGAUGCCCUACUCAAUCAGUCUGACCAACGUAACGGAGAACACUUGUUUCGUUCUAUGCGCAAAGGCGAUCAUCAGUGUCCUGUUAUUUUGUUACAGAGCCUAACCUACUCCUAG